AUGAAAUUCUCAGCGGCUGCUGCUCUGACUCAAAUCUCGUGGGCCGUAUUACUUGGAGUUGAAAUUGCUCUAAAGGGUUCUAAAGAAUAUCAAGAAGUCUGGCAUGCUUUGAAGAUCGAUCCUAUCCAUCCAAGUUUAAAUGUUGCGUAUUCAGUGGUGGUAGGCUGUGCUAUUGCCAGUGUUUGCAUGUGCGAUUUGAUGAAUGUUUUAUUAAAUUUCGAAAAAAGUUUGUCUUUGGAAGGAAAAAAAGAAAAGGCCGAAGCACUUUAUGGAAUAUUACCGAUUGUAUUGAAUAUAUUACAACAGGCAUUAAGAAAAGCAAAAUUAAAUGAAGAAAUAGAUGGACUACUAAUGAUAGAGGAAAUUUGGAAUUUGGUCGAUAAUCCGAAAGGAAUGGAUUGUUUAAAUUCUUGUGCCGAUAAUAUUAUUCCAUUCAUGCAAUUAAUCGUCAGUCGUAACACUGAAGAUGAUAAAUUUAGGAAGGAUUCAUUGCAAAACAUGGUAACAGAUCAAGCCAUAAGGGCGCAGGCGUCUUUUGCGUCACAACAAUCAUCAUCACAAUUAUUUAAAGAUAAGCAUGAAUAUAUUUCACUGACAAUGCCAAAUGUAUCAAAACAAGUAAGUUCUUAA